UUUAAUUUCAAUAUUUUCUGAGGUUUCUAAGAUUGAAAACAACACAUAUUUGGGGACGCAAUUCCAUUAGAAACUUUAUUGAUGCAGGGAACUGGCAGAGAGAGAGAGAGGUUUGAGAGAAGAAACAUGAUGCUGGUCUGGGUUUUGGUGAUGACCGUGCUGCUUGUAAGUGAUGUGACAGGGACAGAGAAUUCCUUGGAACUGGAGAGGACUCAGCAUCACCUUGAAAAGCGUGAACUAUCCAGAGGACCCUGUGAUGAAAACUGGUUUUAUUAUUCUCUUUUAAACUCCUGUUACCGGUUUUUCAGUGAAGAAAAGACAUGGGAAGCAGCUGAGGAUUUCUGUGAUCAAAAGUCAUAUUACGGACAGCUGGCUUCAGUGAAUUCAGAUGAACACAAUGCUUUCAUUUCUGAAGUAGUCGCUGCCGUGGAGAAGAAUAAGCCAUGGGCUUGGAUUGGCCUGAAUGACAUUUGCAUGGAAGGGAAUUUCACAUGGAUCGAUGGAACUGACUACACUUACAAAGACUGGGAUAGAGGUCAGCCUGAUGAUCACGACAAUGAAGACUGUGUGCAUAUUCAUCAUGGUGUUAACAGUCCUUCAAAGUGGAAUGAUUAUCCCUGUGAUGAGAAACUUGGCUUUGUUUGUGCCUACAAAUUUCACAGUAUUUAGAAGACUCCAGAACUAUCCACUCAUCAUUUCCAGCGGUGGAUUCAGUGCCUGAUUUCUUUGUAAACACUCUCACUGUCUGUGGAGACUGUACUCAUUUAGUUUCUCAGCCAAUAAUAAA